GCGCCGCAAACAGUAUUAUUUUGUUUGAAAAAUAAAACACAUAUUUAAAUACAUUUAAAUUGAUCUCAAAAAAAUUGUUUGUUUAGUUAGUAUUAUUUUUUAAGAGAUUUUUUUUUGUUUGGUUAUAAAAUAUAACGCAAUGCCGACCACCACCACUACUACUACUACUAGUAGUAGUAGUAGUAAUAGUAGUAAUAGUAGGCUAACCACUAAUGGCGCGCCCCCGCCGUCCCCGUCGUACAUAUCGCCGUCCAAACGGCUAAUGGCCUCAACAAUUAGUUCACUGGCCAAACAAAAAUCAUUUGCCACCAAUAAUAAUGAUAUGAUGAUGAUGUCCGGCUCCGGUAUGUCGGUCAGUGCCAUCACUAAUGGCGGUAAUGGUUAUCAUCACUAUCAGCAUCAUUAUCCACAUAAUCAACAUCAAGAAGUGAUGACAGUAAUGAUGAAACGGCCGACAAACCUGACCCGUACUCGUAGUCUACGAUUACCGCAGAGGUCGAAGAGUCAUCAGUUGACCACCGGUUCCGCCGCCGCCGUCGCCGCAUCCGAUAGGAGUCACGAUUUGAGUCCCAACUCGGAUGACAACAACCAUCAUCAUCAUCAACAUCACCACAACAACAGCUCGCGAUUAUUGGUGUCUGAAUUGGAAAGACGACUGAAAGACUGCGAACUACAGGUCAAAGAACUUGAAAGUGAUAUCAAAGAAUCCAAAGAAACGGUAGAGUUCUUGACCAGCGAACGGACAAUAAUGGCCGAAACACUACAGGAAACUGAAGACAAUCUGAAGAUUGCCCGCGAAGACAAUGGUUCGCUGAAGCGGACGAUAGCCAUGAAAGACGAAAUGAUCGAUAAGUUGGGCGCCAAAUAUAACCGAAAUCGUAAGGUUUGGGAACAAAACGAACUGAAAGCCGACGAAGAGAUUAAAAAGUUGGACGAUAUGAUCGAUUUGGUCAUUGAAACCCUGAAGUCGUUGCCCGAUAAACAUAGAAACUCGGAUCAGAUUCAGUCUUUGUUGCUUUUGUUGACCGCCGAUGACAGCGAUCAUCAUAUUAAUGGCAAAUAAGUUUUAUUUUUCUUUGUUUUUUUUAUAUUGUUUUUGUUAUAAUAAUAGUAAUUAUUA